AUGAAGCCUUUGCUCCUACAUGGACAUGCAACAUCACCAAAUCCAUUGAAAAUCGCUAUUGCAUGUCAAUAUCUUCAACUUUUAUACGAAAUCAAGAUAUGGGACUUUGGGCCAGAUCCACUUCGUGGAGUCAAAGGAGAAGAAUUCGCGAAGAUCAGCCCUAAUGGUCGGGUGCCCGCCCUGGACGAUCCUAAUACUGGUGUGGUUGUGUGGGAGAGCGGUGCUAUCAUGAACUAUCUGAAGCGCCAAUAUGACAAAGAUAACAUAUUGGGACCCAAUGGCCCCACUCCACAAGAUCAAGCAGAUCUGGAUCAGUGGGAGUAUCUGUUGCUGACGACUCUGGCACCCAUGACAGGUCAAAACGUAUGGUUCAGAUAUUACAACACCGAAAAGAAUGAAGAUGCCAUCAAACGCUACACAAAACAAGUGUACCGAUGUUAUGAUGUUUUGGAAGCUCAACUCAAGAGGAGCGGUGGACUCAGCAUCUUACCUGGUGGCAUUACCUCUGUUGACUGCCAUUAUGAGCCGUGGAUCAGACCGGCCAAGUACGCAGGAUUGACGGGCGAGAACUAUCCACAACUUGAAAAGUGGUUGGAGUUCAUGGCUGAGCAGCAGCCUGUCAUAGACGCGUAUCAGAGUAUCAAAGACGCCACAGCCUUGCAGGACCCAGAAGCUGCCGCGCGUGGCCUCCAGCCAGAUUUGAAUCUGAUCCAUGAAGCUCAGGCCGAUGCAGCCAAAGGCUAA